UUUACGUAGCCGUAGCGUUAUUUACAAUAUAAUUUCUUUUUUAGACAUCGUGAGAGGCGACGUGCACGGUGUGCCGCCGGUAGACGGCAUCACGUCUCGGGCAUCUAUGCUCUAUCUCAUGCUCUAUUUCUGACUAUAAUAUUGCAACAUAAAUUACUGUAUUGAGAACUUUGAGGUUCAGUAGCGGGCCUUUGAAUCGAUUCCAAGAUGGGCAAGGCGGAACGCAAGGAGGCUAAGAUUGAGAGAGAGGAGAGCAAGAAGGUCGCAGCAAAGGCCAAGGCACAGAAGGACGCAGAGGACGCCUACUGGGCGGCCCAUGGGGAGAACGACAAGUCCAAAGCGGCCAAGAAGCGCGAGGAGGAGGAGAAGAAGCGUGCUGAGCAGGUCGCCAAGAAGGCGGAGGCCAAGCGGUUAGCGGAUGCGGAGCUUGAGGAAUUGAGCAAAGCCAAAGCAAAGGCAGAGAAGGCUGGAUCGCAAAAGGUGACCCACUUUCAGCUGCACCAGCAGCGCGAGUUUGAGGACCGUCUAAAGGAGGAGAUGCAGGCGGAGCGGGAUCUGGCGGCGAGGAGGGAGAUGAGUGCGGAGCAAUAUGCUCGCCAGGUUGAGACGGAGAACCUUAACCGGGGUGUGGAGGCGGUGGACGCACGCGGCGUAGAUGCCGCGCUCAAGGUGCUCACAGUCAAGGAGGAGGAGGCGGACAAGCAUCCAGAAAAGCGCAUGAAGGCGGCCUGGAAGGCGUACGAGGAGCGUAAUCUGCCAAUCCUUAAGCAGGAUAAGCCCGGGCUCAAGAUGUCGCAGUACAAGGACAUGCUUUGGAAGUCCUGGCAGAAGGCCCCGGAGAACCCUCUUAAUCAGGUGCAGUUGGCGUCUCCACAGACGCCCAAGUGACAGAGCAGAGGGCCCGCGGAACCGGCGGCGGGGUGGCUGAAAUUGGGACCACAUCGAGGCUCGGGGCAAUAAGCAUACGAAUGCGAAGCGAGGUGUCAUAGUCUUUAGCUGUUGCCAGGCUGGGGCUCUCGCGCCUCAACCCGGCACUGACGGCGGUGUGAAAAAUAGGAUUCGGAAGGUACUGGCAUGUUGCUCUUCUGGCAUGUGACUGUGCAGCAUGUAAGGUGUGCAUGAGGGGCACUCGUGAGUUAGGAGAUGAGGUCUUGUCGCUUGUCCAUUGACAUGGACAGGUUGUGGGUAGUCGACCCAGUUGACAGCCGGGAAUCAGAUGACCGGACAGUAGAACAACGACCGCGUGUCUCGGCGACUGGGCAGCAGUGUUUCCUGCGUUGCAGCUCCUCUGCAGCGCUACCUAGCUGCGGCGGCGUCACAGCUGGGCUUCCGGAUUGGUUGGUGCAUGUCCUGCUUUUGUGUGCGUCUCGGGUGAACAUGGCGGACCUUAUCACGUGGGGUGAUGCUGGCGUCAACCUAGCCAGUCCGCAGUGGCUAUGAGACGGGUGAAACGAGUGGCAAGGUUGGAGAACGUAGGGGAAGGCGUGGCAUGCGCACACGCAUACGUCAAGUCGUGUGUUGGUCACACGCAUACGUCAAGUCGUGUGUUGGUCACACGCAGGAUGUACGCAGGCUGGCUGGUCGGUGGGCAGAUCGGGAGAGUGUUAGGCCAACGAUAGGCGGGGUGCACAUCUUGCACCCGAAAAGGAGGAUAGGCAGGAGACAGCUUUACGAGUAGAGGGUGGUUCAGGGAAAGCGGUUGGGAACUGUGUAUUGGGGAGUGCGCUUGCUGUGCGCGCCUGCGCCGGAUGUACUUACCGGCGGUGCACUGUGGACUCACGGAUGGAAGACAAUGCCUUCUCCGCAGCUAUAAAUACACAUCAGCUGCAAUUGUACGCAGACGAAUUAAGUGAGAAGGCUUUAGUUUCGCGCCGUCGUGCCCUUGGUGCUCUGCCGCCGCGUGUUCAUGGUCACUGAUAAAAUGCAAACAUUUCAUCAGUGAAGGAUCUCGGGCCAUUGUCCUGAGGCUUAUCUUUUGCUCAAAACGGUGAUACAUGUAUGGCAUGCUGAUAUAC